AUGUUGGAGCAGAGCUCUAGUUAUACAGGUAUGAUCUACAAGGAUUCCUCGUCAAUGGCCUUUCGGGUUCUCUUGAUCUUGAAGAACCGGAUGCCACCCUCGUUGGAAGGCAGCGUUCCGUGGUUGCCCUCGUCGCCGGAAAGAGGGCCGGACACGGGCUGCGAGAGCGGUGCCCCGGCUGGGCCGGCCUGGCCCAUUUCCAGCUGGCGCUGUUCUCGGUGGGUCUUGUACAUCCUGCGAACGCCGCUGCCGCAGGCGAGGAAGAACACAAUCAGCAGACACGCAACGGCGGCCCAGGACAUGCCGAGCAUGGACGCGCCGACCUUGGCAGACAUGCCGGCGUCGGAAAACUUGUUUCUCACCAUCACGGAGACUGCCGCUGAAACCGGUAAACACCAGGGCAAUCAGAAUAAAUGGGAACGAGAAUCUCGAGAGGUAGUAGUAGGUGUCUCUAUUGGAGACAAAGUCGUGGGGCAACGAGGUAGAGUUUCCGAAGUUGUCGUACGGAGAAAUAGGCUGGGCGGGGCCCAGGCUUGUGCAUUUUCCGUUGGAGUGCGAAUCGUAAGUGGCUGGGUGGCAAAUUCCCCAGAAGGUCCAUCUGGAGAUGUCUCCGUUGGGGUCGAGGUUGCCGGUUCUGGCCUGGACCCAGUAGAAGCGGUUGAAAGGGGACGACGAGACCGAGCCGGAGAAGAUGAUGAACAGCAGCAGCAACGUUGCGCCCGCCAGCAACACCACGGUGAGCAGUCUGAUGAGAGGAGUGCGCAGCAAAGGAAUUGA